ACUCUUAUAGCUAGAAUUAAUUGCAAAUAUAAUUCAACUAAUUAAUAAUCACUUAGAUAACCGCCAACUGCUAAGCACGUUGAACUAACACAUCAAUAACACAUAAGCUCAGCUCAGUAGAACUUACAAUAAAUAAAUAAAUAAAUAAUAUAAUCGUAACGUAUCAGCCAAUUAGAGUUAAUUAAUCAAAGCGGCAAUAAACGUAAAUGCUUGUGUAAGCCCAAAAAUCAAAUAAACUUCCAUAAACUGUUGCGAGUAAUCGGCGCGCUCAAAAGUAGGCAACAAAUAUUUGCACACUGCCACGCGCUCAACAAACAAGCGAAAGAGAGAGAGAAUAACAACGAUAACAACAAUAACAGUUGUAACAACUGUGCUACAAAUUAAGCCAGCAAAUACACCGCGCAUUCAAUAAUAACAAACAGCAGCGACAACAACAACAACAAAAACAACUUACAAGUGGAAAAUUCUCACCGAAUUUGUAACAACGACAACGAAUAGCAGAAGCAAAAGCAAUACAAAAUGCAUUCGAGGCUAAAAUUCUUGGCAUAUUUACAUUUAAUGUGCGCUGCCAGCAUUUGCACGCUGCUGGAAUUUAGCGCAGCUCAACAGCAGCAGCAACAACAAUCCCAGCAGCUACAACAACAAAGUGCAUCGUUAACCGAGAAAAUACCAUUAGGCGCCAUCUUCGAGCAGGGCACCGACGAUGUGCAAUCAGCCUUUAAAUAUGCAAUGCUCAAUCACAAUCUGAAUGUCAGCGCGCGUCGCUUUGAGCUGCAGGCGUACGUUGAUGUCAUCAAUACAGCGGAUGCAUUCAAAUUAUCGCGCUUGAUCUGCAAUCAAUUCUCGCGCGGAGUCUACUCAAUGCUGGGCGCCGUAUCGCCGGACUCCUUUGACACAUUGCACUCCUAUUCGAAUACGUUCCAAAUGCCAUUCGUGACGCCCUGGUUUCCGGAAAAGGUGCUUACGCCGUCAUCGGGCCUGUUGGAUUUUGCGAUCAGCAUGCGUCCGGAUUAUCAUCAGGCAAUUAUUGAUACCAUACAAUACUACGGCUGGCAGAGCAUUAUUUAUCUCUACGAUUCGCACGAUGGCUUACUGCGCCUGCAGCAAAUCUAUCAAGAACUGAAGCCCGGAAAUGAAACAUUUCGUGUGCAAAUGGUCAAACGCAUCGCCAACGUAACGAUGGCCAUUGAAUUUUUGCACACGAUGGAGGAUUUGGGUCGGUUCAGCAAAAAGCGCAUCGUGCUCGACUGCCCGGCGGAAAUGGCCAAAGAGAUCAUCAUACAGCAUGUGCGGGAUGUUAAGCUGGGACGGCGCACCUAUCAUUACCUGCUCAGCGGCCUGGUCAUGGAUAACCACUGGCCCAGCGAUGUGGUGGAAUUUGGAGCCAUCAACAUCACUGGCUUUCGCAUUGUGGACACUAAUCGGCGCGCGUUGCGUGAUUUUCAUGAUAGCCGGAAGCGUUUGGAGCCACCAAGUGGGCAGAACACAGCAGGAGGCGGCAGCAUGCCAGCGAUUUCGGCUCAGGCAGCGCUCAUGUACGAUGCGGUCUUUGUGCUCGUCGAGGCCUUCAAUCGCAUUCUCCGCAAGAAACCGGAUCAGUUUCGUGCCAAUCAUCUGCAGCGACGCAGUCACACAGGUGGUGGAGGCGGUGGCUCUGGCUCUGGCGGCAGCGGUGGCAAUACUCUCAAUGAGUCGAGCGCAUUAUUGGACUGCAAUACACCCAAAGGCUGGGUCACGCCCUGGGAGCAGGGAGAGAAAAUCUCACGGGUUCUGCGCAAGGUGGAAAUCGAUGGAUUGACGGGCGAAGUGCGCUUUGAUGAUGAUGGUCGGCGUGUCAACUACACGUUGCAGGUGGUCGAAAUGUCUGUGAAUAGCACCUUGCAACAGGUGGCCGAAUGGCGUGAUGAUGCUGGUUUCAUCCCCCUCCACGGACGCUAUUGGGGCGCGGCAAACGCGCGUUCGACGGUCAACGGUGGCGUUGGCGGCGGCAACGUUGGGGAUUAUGCACGCAAUCACACCUUCAUCGUGACCAGUGUGCUGGAGGAGCCAUAUCUAAUGCAUAAGGCUGGCGGCUAUGGCGAGCAGCUGGUUGGCAACGAACGCUUUGAGGGAUAUUGCAAGGAUCUGGCCGAGUUGUUGGCCACCACGUUGGGCAUUAAAUUUGAGCUGCGUCUGGCACAGGAUGGCAGAUAUGGGGCCGAGAAUCAGUUUGCUCCCGGCGGUUGGGAUGGCAUGGUUGGUGAGCUUGUCCGUAAGGAAGCGGACAUUGCCAUAGCAGCGAUGACGAUAACUGCGGAACGGGAGCGUGUAAUAGACUUCACCAAGCCCUUUAUGUCAUUGGGCAUUUCCAUUAUGAUCAAGAAGCCGGUGAAGCAAACGCCAGGUGUCUUUAGCUUUCUCAAUCCGCUCUCGCAGGAGAUUUGGAUGAGUGUCAUAUUGAGCUACGUGGGAGUGAGCAUUGUGCUUUACUUUGUCACCCGCUUUCCACCUCACGAAUGGCGCAUUGUGCGUCGCUCGACAAACGAUGGUGCCGCCGCCACACAGCAGCCACCUGGCAUUAUUGGUGGCACCGAGCCACACCCACACCAAGAGGCGAAUGCACAGCAACUUCAACAGCAGAAUGUCCCCGUCAAUGAUUUCAGUUUGUUGAACUCGUUUUGGUAUUCGUUGGCCGCUUUUAUGCAGCAGGGCUGCGAUUUGACACCACCCUCAAUUGCCGGACGCAUCGCUGCCGCCGUCUGGUGGUUCUUCACCAUCAUUCUGAUCUCAUCGUACACCGCCAACUUGGCUGCCUUUUUGACUGUCGAACGCAUGGUGGCACCCAUAAAGUCACCCGACGAUCUGGCCAGGCAGAGCGAUGUGCAAUACGGCACUUUGCUGCACGGCUCCACAUGGGACUUCUUUCAGCGUUCCAAGAUUGACUUGCACAACAAGAUGUGGGAGUACAUGAAUGCCAAUGUGCGCUAUUCGGUGCGCAAUUACGAUGAAGGCAUCCGCCGUGUUCGCACCUCGAAGGGCAAGUAUGCGCUGCUGGUGGAGUCGCCCAAGAAUGAAUAUGUCAACGCUCGAGCACCGUGCGACACGAUGAAGGUGGGACGCAACAUCGACACCAAAGGCUUUGGCGUGGCCACACCCAUUGGUUCGCCACUGCGUAAUCGCCUCAAUUUGGCCGUGUUGGCUUUCAAGGAGAACGGUGAACUGUUGAGGCUGCGCAACAAAUGGUGGUUCGAUAAAAGCGAAUGCAAUCUCAACUUGGAUAGCCAGGACACAACGACACCCAAUGAGCUAUCGCUGAGCAAUGUGGCGGGCAUCUAUUAUAUACUCAUCGGUGGUUUGCUGCUCGCCGUUUUUGUGGCCAUACUCGAGUUCGUUUGCCGCAGCAAGAGCUCACGUCUGAAGGCGCCGGCGAAUGGCUCAGCUGGCGGCAUGCUGGGCUCAUCAACAUAUCAGCGGGACUCGCUCUCCGAUGCCAUUAUGCAAUCUCAAGCCAAGCUGGCCAUGCAGGCGGGCAGCGAUUACGACGAACGUCUAGUGGGCGUCGAGCUGGCAUCGAAUGUGCGCUAUCAGUACAGCAUGUAAGCCCAAUUUUUGGCCAAGUUAACUUGUACAUAAACACUUAACUAAACGACGCUGGCAAUCAAAAAACUGGAAAGCGAAACAGGCAACAGGCAACAUUUUCUGUGUGGGCAAAACUGGCGACGUUCUAAAACUGUACAGUCUAAUUAUUUGUAUUUUUGAUAAAUGUAUACAAUGGGAGUGCAUAAUAAACUAGCUGUAAUUAGCGCUUAAGCGAAAAAUUAUUCCAAAUAAUAAAGCAUACAUUUUAAGCAGAA